UCUUCAAAAUUGAGCUCGUUGUCAACGUGUUUGGUUGAAAUCCUAAAGAUAUUGCGUCUCAGAACCCAUGGCCCACACAAACGCUGCAUUUGACGCGAACGUUCGAAGACUUAUCUACGAGUGGCACGUACCCGGGCUCGGUGUAGCUAUUGUACAAGGAGACGAAAUCCAGGCAAAAUAUUACGGAGUCGCUAGGCUCGAUGGAGGCGCUUGUACAGAGGACACGCUGUUCGACUGCGCAAGCACCUCUAAGUCUUUCACAGCAGCAUGCAUCGCACUGCUCGUCGACGAUGAUUCGUAUCCAGAUGUGCAAUGGCGAACGCCAGUCUCCCAAAUUCUGCCUGAUGACUUCGUUCUCCCGGAUCCAUACCGCACCGCCAAUGUCACCAUCGAGGACAUCCUCAGUCAUCGAACAGGUGACCCCGGCCACGACAAUGCGCUCCACGGCCAGAGCGCUGCUGAGCCAGAUAAUGCAAAGUCUAUAACGCGCAAUCUGAGGAAUCUACCGUUCAACAAACCACUUCGCUGUGACUACCAAUACAGCAACAUCAUGUUCACUGUAGCUACACACCUGAUCGAGACAGUCACCGGUAUAGCAUACAGCGAAUUCAUUCGUAAAAGGCUUUGGGAGCCGCUCGGCAUGUCAAACACCUAUCACGAUGUCACAGGCGUGGAAGCUGGAAACGCGCAGGCUCACCUGGCGAUGGGUCACCGCUGGGUCCAGGAAAAGGAAACGUACCUCGCAAUGCCAUCGUACGCGCAGCCAGAAGGCCAGGGUGCAGGAUGUGUCUUCAGCAGCGCCGGCGACUAUGCAAAGUGGGUGCGGGCGCUUCUCCAGCGGUCUGGUCCCCUGUCAGCGGGUGCGCACAACGAGAUGGUCAAAGGGCGGAUUAUCGUUCCGUUCGAAGGCAACGAUGCGCUUCCACUGUACGGUCAUAGCGUAUAUGCGCUAGGGCUAAUUGCUGAAUCAUACCGCGGCCAUAUGAUAUUCGGUCACGAUGGCUCCUUUGGUGGAUUCAGGGCUCUGAUGCGAUUCUUGCCGGGGCACAAUUGGGGCAUCGUCGUGUUUGGCAACUCAAACGAUGCGUUCUACGUCCAUCAGAUUCUGUUCCAUCAAUUGGUGGACGAGGUGCUUCGGGUUCCUCAGGAGGAGCGUACAGAUUGGCCUGCGUACUGGCGCAAGUGCCACGAGGAUGGGGAGCGAGAAGAAGCAGAAGAAGAUCCAGACCUGUUGCCACCCGAUUGGACAGAACCACUUCUUGUACCGCUUGAAGAUAUUGCUGGCGAGUAUUUCAAUGCUGGCUAUCGCACAAUAAUCCUUUCGCAUAACAAGGGGAGCUUGGAGGCUAAGUGCAGGGACAGAUGUACGGCCUUUGAUCUUCGCUUUGAUCAUCUUUCAGGCGACAAGUUCGUCGUCGAGUUCAGAGAUGUUCUGGAAAACACUACGCGAAAGAUGAAGGCUGAGUUUAAGAUCGACAGCGCAACAGUACAGAGCUUCGGCAUACCGCUGUGCGAUGAGAUGAAGGACGAGCUCAUCUGGUUCCACAAGCGUAGCUAACGUCCUUGAAUAUCUAUUGACAGCGGAUAUUUGUAUGAAACUUAUUCCAGUCGUCGGACCCGUACGUAGACGUGCCUGAAUUCUGUCCGCGUCGACGCGUCUGGGAGUUUUG